GAAUAAUUAUUCAAAGAAGCCUUUCAUUCAUUUCUCACUCAUUUUUCUGAAUGGCCAUCAUGAGUAUUCAACCAGUACAUCUUACUCCAGUGCCUGUAAGAUGCAGAAGCAACUUCUUGAUCAAGACACUACUUCUCAUUACUGCUUUUGCUAUUUGUUUUUAUUUGUAUUUUUGUAGAACUUACAACUGGAUGAGCCUAAUGGACCCAGCUAAAAAUCAAUUCAGAGAGAUGUCUGUGGAUGACAUAAUGCGUUCGGUAUGGGACGAUCUCCCAUCAGACGGCAACUUCAGCUCUAUUGAAAGCUCUUCCAGUGGCCAGCACAGUGUGGUCAACCUGGAGCAGCCCGGAGCCCAGUACUGUGUGGGGGACAGCUUAAUCGUGCUGGUGAACAUGAAGGACCACAGGGGGAACCCAAAGGUGCAUGGAGGCGACUUCAUCCUGGCCCGAAUCCACUCUCCCAAUCUCCAGGCUUCUGCAUCAGGAGAAGUUACUGACCUGCUCAAUGGCUCCUACCGGGUGCGUUUCCGCCUGUUCUGGCCUGGAGACGUACUGGUGUCUGUGCUUCUCAUGCACUCCUCAGAGGCUGUCGGGAUCCUCAGGAGAAUCAGUGCGCACAACUACGAUAAGGUCAUAUACACCGGAACCUUCUACAGUGGGAACAAAACUGAGCAAUCUCAGUGCGGCAUCCGGCUGAAAGCAGACAAGCCUCUCUGCGAGUACAGGAAGAAGGAAGACGCGGAGUACUACGCCUGCGUCCGACCCGAAACCCUUCCCUGCAGCACCCUGAGGACCAUGCGGUCCAGAAAUGGCCCAAUUUCUAACAUGACCAGGGAUGAGCGUUUGCUCCUCGGCCGGAAAUACACUGGGAUAAAAAUGAACAGCAGCUUUGGCCCUGUGAAAGUCAUCAGUUGUCCUGCAGGGACCCACAGACCGACUGAAAAGUGUGUGACAGGGUUUGGAAUGACGUCCCCUUCACCGAGCGGCUACUUCUUUAAAAACAGAUGGUCUUCCUCCUCCUGCCGGACGAGCAACUUCUUCAGUGCGGACGCCAUCAGCAGAUGUCUGAAGGGAAGGAACCUGAAACUCAUGGGAGACUCCACUGUGCGUCAGUGGCAAGAGACACUCAUUAGAGUGCUAAAAGGUCUGAAAUAUGUAAAACCAUAUGAUACUCAUUACUAUGCCCUGGCUGCGGACCCACAAAUGAACAUCACUGUCCAGUGGAAGAUGCACGGGCAUCCUUUCGUCACUGGCUACAACGUGGUCAAAGAUGCCGUGGGGUACGUUGCCAGAGAAGUAGACAGAGUAGCGGUUGGCGACGUGGUGGUCAUUGGAGUGGGACAGCAUUUUAGGCUCUUCCCUCUGGAGAUCUUCGUCCAGAGGCUGAUCAACAUGCGUAAGGCCAUCCUGAGACUCCAUGAACGCAGCCCCCAGACCCUCGUCAUCAUCAAGCUGGAGAACACCAGGGAGUUUCGCUCAGAGAUGACCCACAUGAGUGACUGGUUUGGCCUUGUGCAGAACCUGGCUCAGAGGAAGGUGUUCAGAGACCUGAAGGUGGUGCUGGUAGACGCCUGGGACAUGACAACAGCCGCCAACACCUUCGCCAUCCACCCUAACAGCAUUAUUGUUUCCAAUGAGAUAGCCUUAGCUUUGUCACACCUCUGUAAUGAUUAA